GCAUCAAAGAUGGCGGGAGCCUCCGACCCACUGGAGGACAUGCUCUUCACCGAGGUGGACGAGAAGGCGGUCAGCGACCUGGUGGGCUCCCUGGAGUCCCAGCUGGGCGACAGAAACACUCCCGCCGCUUCUUAUUCCGAUGGGAAACGGGAGGCAGCUGCGGCCGCUGCCGGCCACUUCUCAGGGAAAGUGCGCGAUCCAACGGGGUCCGCGGAGCCGCAACAAGGGCAUCCGAAAGCGGGGUUAACCCAAGAGCCGGGCGCUAACGAGCCGCUGUCCGGGAAAAGCCUCCCCUCCUCUACCUCCGCUGCCGCCGCCGCCGCCGGGGCCGGGAUCUCCCCCGGAGCCAGUCUGCCGGCCGCCGGAGCAGCUCCCCCGGCUGCUUCCCCGGGACCGGGACCCGUAACUUUGAGCACUCAGCCUGCCGCCGCUAGCUUCCAGCGGGCGGCUGUCCUGGGUCCCAGCACGGCUCCCGGCGGCUCCGCGGUGCCCGCGGCGGAGGUCCGGACCUCCUCUCCCGGCGUGCAAAGUUUAAACGGCGGCGCGGUAAAGUUGGUGAACUCGCCCGGGGUCCCUCCACCCGGAGCCACUCCGCCCGCCGGGGCCGGCUCGGUGAUCAGCGGGGGCGCCACUAUCAUCGCCCCUAGCUUCCCGGUGAGCUCCUCCGCCGUGGCCCUGCAGAGGCUCCCCAGCCCGGCGACCACCGUGGCCCAGAACGGGGUGGACCCCAAGGCGGCCCCGCUGGUGGCCCCGUCCGCCUCCAGCGCUCCGGUCCCGAACCACAGCAGCCCUCUGAUGCACACCAAGAUGCUGGUUCCGGGUCAGCCCGCCUCCGGGAGCGCCGUGAUCCUGACCAGCACCCCCCCACCGGCCGCCCAGUCUCCCAUCAGCCAGACCCAGACCGGGACCAGUCCGGCGCCCACCGUCACCCUGGUCAAGCCCACGGUGAACGGGGUGGCCCAGCCCGCGGUGGCCGUGGUCCGGCCGCCCGGCACUGCGGUAGUGGCCACCUCCAUCCAGCAGCAGAGACCCGGGCUGGUGGCCGCCGCCCGGCCAGCGGCCCCCCAGCCGGCCCUGGCGGUCCGACCCCAGCAGCAGACCACCAUCCAGCUGCCCCCCGGCUUCACCAUGCCUCCAGGCAUGGUUCUGGUCCGGACCGAGGCGGGUCAGCUGGUCAUGGUUCCUCAGCAGGUUCUGGCUCAGGCCCAGGCCAAGACCCAGCAGGGCCAGACGGUGACCAACAUCAGCCCCAGACCGACGGCACCCACAGCCGGAGCCACCAUCCGGGUCAGCACCGCCACCACGGCUGCUGGAGCUCAGACCGUCCGCCUGGCCUCCCCCACUCAGCCCAGGAUGGUUCAGUCCCCCUCCACCACCGCCGUACAGACGCUCGCCGUGGCGCCCGGUGGAGCCGCCGUGUCGGUAAAGAUGGCACCACAGAAAACUCCAACUGUCAUCACGGCCGGCGGGACGACCGCCGCUAAACCCACCGGCGUCCAGACAUCCCCCAUGACCAGUACCACUCCGUCCCCCGCUGCCAGGGUUACCGUGGUAUCACAGGAGAUGCAGGAAAACGUGAAGAAAUGCAAGAACUUCUUGGCAACACUCAUCAAGCUGGCGUCUCACAAUUCUCCCUCUCCAGAUACCUCCAAGAAUGUGAAGGCCCUAGUCCAGGACCUGCUGGAUGCAAAAAUUGAGCCUGAGGAGUUCACCACUCGGCUGCAGGCUGAGCUGAAGUCCUCCCCACAGCCCUACCUCAUCCCCUUCCUCAAGAAAAGCCUUCCUGCUCUGCGUCAGUCGUUGCUAAGCAGCCAACAGUCUCUGAUGACUGCCCCCCCCACCACCUCAGCCCCUCCCCCGGCGGCCCCCGGAUCCGUCACCACCAGCGCCGUCAUCAGACCGAGGCUUCCGAUUGGAUCAUCCGGCACCACCGUCAGGCUGAACGCACCGAUCAACACGGCAGCUCUGGUGGGUCGUCCAGGUGUUCAGACUCGGUCUCCUGUGGUCAUUAGUCAGACGUUCAGACCUGCAGGUACACUCAUACGAGGACCCACAACCAUCGCCGGCAAACCUCCUGUGAACAUGACGGUACAAGCCAAUCAGAAGAAGCUGAGUGACCCAGGGGGCGGGACUUUCAGAGAUGAUGAUGACAUCAACGACGUAGCGUCGAUGGCGGGCGUCAACCUGAACGAGGAGAACGCUCGUAUCCUAGCAACCAGCUCGGAGCUCGUCGGAACCAAAAUCCGAUCCUGCAAAGACGAAUCCUUCCUGCCCACCGGCCUGCUACACCGCCGCAUCCUCGACACAGCUAAGAAGCUGGGUGUCACCGAGGUUCCUCUAGAGGUGGUGAACUUUGUCUCCCAUGCCACCCAGUCCAGACUCCGCUCGCUGCUGGAGAGAGUUUCAGCUGUGGCUCAGCACCGCACCGACGGAGGGAAGGAUGAAGAACUUUAUGAACAGACGUCAGAUGUUCGUUCUCAGCUUCGGUUCUUUGAGCAGCUGGAGAGGAUGGAGAAGCAGAGGAAGGAUGAGCAGGAGAGGGAGAUGCUGCUGAAGGCUGCCAAGAGUCGUGCCAGACAGGAAGAUCCUGAACAGGCCCGACUGAAGCAGAAAGCUAAAGAGAUGCAGCAGCAGGAACUGGCUCAGAUGCGACAGAGAGACGCUAACCUCACAGCUCUGGCUGCCAUCGGACCUCGAAAGAAACGUAGACUGGACUCACCUGGAGCCUCGAGUGGAAAUGAGGUGGCGUCUGGUUCCGGCCCAUCCCCCUCGGUUCCGGCGUCUUCGUCCCGGCAGCAGCUCCGUCAGCGGAUCACUCGGGUCAACCUCAGGGACUUCAUCUUCUGUCUGGAGCAGGACCGCAGCACGGCACGUUCUCUGAUGCUCUACAAAGCUCUGCUCAAAUGACCGGCCUCUCCUGCAGAACCUUCACCUCACCUCCAGAACAUCACGGAACCUUCAGCUGGUCCAGGAGCAUGACUCAAGUUCUGGAGGUCUGAGGUUCUCUGCUGGUCUGUCAUCAGGCCUCAUUUAGUCUGAGGAGAAGGGACUGAAGGGGAACAAGCAGGAUGAUGUGGAGAACGUGUGGAGCUCCUCAGUGACCUGCUGCAUGUUCCAUGCAGCUGAUCUGGACUCUGCUCUACCUGAACAGAUGCCUUCAGACUCUGUCUGGUUCCAUCUGGUUCCAUCCCGCUGCUCGGUUUGGGUUCUGCUCAGAUCAGUUCAGUGAUGAUGGUCAUCUUCGUGUGUCGAUGUUCUACUGGAACCUUCCAGUUGAAUCUUUCUGCUGAGAGUCUCUGGUUCUGAUCCAGUCGGUUCUGUUCAGCUCCCAGAGCUCCUGCAGCGGUUCUGGUCCAGAAUGAUCCAUUGCCAGGUUUAAAUUCAUUUUAAUCUGAAACUUUUAUUCGUGAAUCAUUUAAAUAAAAAUAAACAAGUUUUUAGUUCACAAACUGAAUAUUUUCUGAACCAAACAAUUGAUCAGAUGAUUAUUGAUCAGAUGAUUAUUGAUCAGAUGAUUUUUGAUCAGAUGAUUUUUGAUCGUCAGAUCUGCUGGUUUCAACUAAAAUCAUGGAAGUCUUUCUAAGCUCAGAAACAGGACUUCUACUGAACUCAUGUCGUUUAAUUAUUGAUCGAUCUUCUCUGACGUCUUCUAAUCAGCUGAUCAAUGAUCUGCAGCUCGUUUAUCUCCAGGUUUAAACAUCUAAACCGUCAGACUCUCAGCAGACGUUCCUCUGGGAGGUUCUGUUCUUGGACCGGAGCUGGAUCUCCAACAGAACUCACUCAGGCUUUGUUCCUCUUCAUCCUCAUCAUGGUGGACUUCAGCGCUCAGAUCGGUUUCCUCUGAUCUCCUGGUCCUUAGCUGGAAGGUUUUUUUCACGCUUUAACUGUUUGGUUUGUGUCGUCUGUAGCUGCAGCGCUCUGAACAUCUGUCCUCAGCUCGUCGGGAAAGGACUCGGUUUUUGCGACUAUUUAUAUUUCCUACAUUCUGUAUCGAUCCUGACGCAUUUCAGGAUGAAUUUUACAGCCGUUUGUACCUUUGCAGAAAAAUGAAAUAAAGAAAAAUGAUGAAGAA